CCCGGGGCGUCUGGUUCUGCCUGAUUUUCUUCCUCCAUUUCCGAUUUUAUUCUUUUCUUAGCCAGGAGCUGUCGAUAUUAUCAGCUCUACUCAAACCCCUCCCUCACCCCCCCUGGUCCUCGAUUAUCUGGAUCGCUCAAGAGCCGAAAUUGGACCAGGCGCCCGAUCGUGCGCACCGACGACAAUUUCGAGAUCGGGAAUCGAACCAUAUCGAAGCAUUCGCACGAUACAAGACGAAUAGCAGCAACCAACGCUGGGUGGGCAGACCAAAGAGGCCAGUCGAGGGAAGCGGUGAACCAUGGACGACCCGGGACAGUCGUCCAUCACAGUGGCCGUCCGAGUACGGCCGUUCACCAUCCGAGAAGCGGCUCAACUACAGCGAAACGACGAUGGCACAAUAUUCCUCGGCGACGGCUCCUUUGCUUCAGUACCGACGCCGAAGCUUCACCAGCGAGGCAUCCGAAACGUCAUCAAGGUGAUUGAUGACCGCUGCCUGAUAUUCGAUCCCCCAGAAGACAGCCCCGUCCAGAAAUUCUCACGAACCGUCGUUCCCGCCUCGAAAAAAGUAAAAGAUCAAGUGUUUGCCUUUGAUCGAGUCUUCGACGACAACACAACGCAGGCCGAGAUAUACGAGGGCACCACUCGCGGCUUGCUCGACAGCGUCCUGGACGGAUACAAUGCGACAGUCUUUGCCUACGGCGCCACAGGCUGCGGCAAGACGCAUACCAUUACCGGCACGGCGCAGCAGCCCGGCAUCAUCUUCCUGACCAUGCAGGAGCUGUUCGAGAAGAUUGAGGAGCGCAGCCAAGAGAAGCACACGGAGCUGACGCUGAGCUACCUGGAGAUCUACAACGAGACAAUCCGCGACCUGCUGGUGCCGGGCGGCAGCAAGGCCGGCCUUGCCCUUCGCGAGGACAGCAACCAGGCAGUCGCCGUACCUGGCUUGACCAGCCACCGCCCCAGAGACGUCCAGGAGGUCAUGGACAUGAUUGUGCGCGGCAACGAGUACCGGACCGUAUCGCCAACCGAGGCAAACGCGACGUCUUCACGAUCCCACGCCGUGCUGCAGAUCAACAUCUCGCAAAAGGACAGAAACGCCGACGUCAACGAGCCUCACACGAUGGCGACCCUCAGCAUCAUCGAUCUUGCAGGCUCAGAACGAGCCUCCGUCACCAAAAAUCGAGGAGAGCGCCUCACGGAGGGUGCCAACAUCAACAAAUCCCUCCUGGCCCUCGGAGGCUGCAUCAACGCGCUCUGCGACCCGCGAGGAAAGACGCAUGUCCCUUACCGCAACAGCAAGCUGACGCGUCUGCUCAAGUUUUCGCUCGGUGGCAACUGCAAGACUGUCAUGAUUGUCUGCGUCUCGCCGUCGAGCGCUCACUACGACGAAACCCAGAACACGCUGCGAUAUGCCAACAGGGCCAAGAACAUCCAGACAAAGGUCACUCGCAACGUCUUCAAUGUCAACCGCCACGUCAAGGACUUUUUGAUCAAAAUCGAUGAACAAAUGGCCCUCAUUAACGAACUGAGAGCACAGCAGAGGGAGUCGGAAAAGGUCAGCUUCGCCAAGUAUCGGAAGCAGUACGAAAAACGAGACGCCAUCGCACGAGGAGCCUUGCAAAGACUUCGGGCUGCGUAUGACAACGCCGAGGGAGAGCGCCAGGAGCGCAUCACCACCAUGCGGAAAUUGAAGCAUUUUGAGCGGCGCAUCAGCCUUCUCUCCGCGUGGAUUGCAGCCUUUGACACCGUUGCCAACCAGAGGGGGGACGAAGAAGAAAUGCCCCAGAGUCUGGCGGCUAUUCGGCAAACUGCCCAGGGGAUUCUGAUAGAGCUGGAGAAUAGCAGGCAUCACGUCCACCAUAAGCUGGAAAAGUCGGCCUGGGAGCGCCACCUGGACAUGGCCUUGGCCCAUGGGGUCCGACAGCUUGAGGUCGCCGAAGGUAACGACACGGGCGAGAUUGCAAGCCUGACACGCGAGGCCGAGCUUCUCAAGUCCAACUUCAACCGCGAGGCCUAUCGAGAGGUUUUGGAACAGGAGAAGGCGGGUGACGCUGCUAUGAUGCAGAUGCUUCUCACCGCCCAGUUUGAAAUGAUUUCCUCCCUCAACGCAGUCAUGUUGAUGGACGAGGACAGCGCAAUUGCACAUGCAAAGGAGGUCAUUGCUCGCCUGCUCCAGACUGGCCUUACGGCCGCAUCCCAAGUGGUCAAGCCCGAUGGCUCUCUACCGGCCGUUCCCGACAUUCCUGCACCGACGCCAAGACGGACACUUAGAAAGAGGAAAUCUCUAUCAGCUUACAGGCCUGUCGUGCCUCCGGCUACCGUGGCUGUACAGAACGAGCAUGUGUACGCGAGCCCCAUGAAGUCAUUGCCGAAACGGCGUAAGGCACUCGGCAUGCCGAAGAAGGGAGUCAGCUUCACUCCCGUCAAACGAACAACCAAGAGUAGAGGAGUCAGAUGGAGGGACGACGAGACGGAAGAAGGAACGCUGGAAGAUUUUGAGAAGACGCCGCAGCAGCUGUUCAGCUCUCCCCAGGCGGAGCAGCCGUCGCCGGUGGCUAAGAGCAAGAUUCCGUCUCCGCCCCAGUUUAACAGCGUGGCCAAGGGCGAUGUUGCGAACAACGACGACUCACUUGAGCUGUCAGACGCGCCGAGCUUAUCCAUCGCUAAGCCCGGCGGUAGGUUCCAGGCCGGCUUCCUGUCCAGGGGUUCACGAUUGUCAUCGGGGAGUAGUGGGCUGCCGGUGUCUUCGUCGCCUCCUGCUCUGAGUAUGCACCUGCGCUCUUCGAGCUCCCCCGACGUGACCAGAACGCCGCCCUUGCGAUCACUACAGGGGCCCAAGACCGACAACAUGUCGCCGCUGGCCUAUAGCAAAGUCCCGCGGCCCAGUCCUCCGUACCAUCAGCUGCAGGCGGUCAUGGACGAGAACAACCCCCCGAAUGCCUCUGGAUCCGACUCCGAAUCUAGCACAAUCGACAUGCAUAAGCUCCGCAACGCCAUUGCCUCCAAGAAGCCCCGGAGAAUGAGUCUCGUGGGUCAGAGCUCGGUCCCGGUAGCCAGGCGGGUAGCUUCGAUCGCCCCUCCCGCUGUCGAGAGGCCAGCGUCCCGGUCGAACAUGCCCGUCCUGGCCAGCGCCACCAACGGCAUUUCUCGCCUCCGCAGGGGGAGUCUGGAGCGUCGGAAGAGCCCGCCGCUGUUGUGCUCGCCUCCGGAGCUCAGGUCAGACGACCUCACUGCUGGACAGGCGAGGCGGAUGAACAUGGGCGCGCCCAUGCGGCUAGACAAUCACGGUGCGGCCCAACGCGAUGGGGUCGGCCCAGAAGGACCUCGUCGCGUCACCAUCAGUGUCGGAACAGCUGGUGCCGCCGCGGGCGUCUCUGCACACCGGAGGUUGGAUAGCCGAGGAGGCUUGCCAAUUAGGUGAAGGCUUGGCCCCCUGACACUGCUGUGUUCCCCUUUCUUCGUCUGCUUAUAUUGGUUGCGUGUUUUGUACUAUAGCGUCCUCAGGUUUGCUUCAACGGUUGCUUUUCCUACAUAUAGAGGUUUAUACGCAUCGAGCAAUGUUUUG